CGUCCGUCUGUCUCAGCAAAACCUUUCUUCUCCUACCCUUUAACGGUUGAUCAGAUUUCUUCUGUUCUUUUGCAAGAUCCAUCCACACAUAAAUCUUUUUUCCUUUUGGCGGAGAGGAGUUAAGGAUAAGCAAAAUCGACGCCAGUAUGAGCGUGGUUUUGAAGAAAUCCACUUCAAAUGGCAAUGAAGAACUAUCAACAUCUGAAGAGAAACAAGAAAAGAUUAAUGAAGUGAGGAGGUUGUUAGGGACAUUGCCAGCUAAGUUGUCCAUAUUCUGUUCUGAUGCAUCUAUUUCAAGAUAUUUGAGGGCACGGAACUGGAAUACUAAAAAAGCAACUAAAAUGCUGAAGGAAACAUUGAAAUGGAGGUCCGAAUACAAGCCUGAAGAGAUUCGCUGGGAAGAGGUUGCUCAUGAAGCUGAGACAGGUAAAAUAUACAGAUCAAAUUAUGUGGACAAGUAUGGGAGAAAUGUUCUCGUCAUGCGACCUGGUUGUCAGAACACAAAGUCAACAAAAGGACAAAUUAGGUAUUUGGUAUAUUGCAUGGAGAAUGCGAUUUUAAAUCUGCCACCCGAACAAGAACAGAUGGUCUGGCUCAUUGAUUACCUGGGCUUCAAGAUGUCAAAUAUUUCUGUGAAGGUAGCUGUGGAAACAGCCCAUGUUUUACAAGCCCAUUACCCAGAAAGGCUAGGUCUGGCUAUCCUGUACAAUCCACCCAAGUUCUUUGAAUCCUUUUAUACGGUGGUGAAAGCCUUUCUAGAGCCCAAGACUGCCAGAAAAGUAAAGUUUGUUUACUCAGAUGACCUCAACACCAAGAAGAUUAUGGAGGACCUCUUUGACAUGGACAAGCUGGAGGUGGCAUUUGGAGGAAAUAAUCAGAUGGGUUUUAACAUCGAUGAGUAUGCUGAAAGGAUGCGAGAAGAUGACAAGAGAAUGCCCACAUUUUGGACCAGAGAGAAUUCUCUUGUCAACCCACAACCAUCCCUGGCAAAUGCCACUCCUUGCGCCCCAGUUGACGUGGAAUCCGAUUCCGACGACUCUAGACAGAAGAAUUCAUUCUCUCAAGGGGUUGAUUCAGGAGAAUGCAUGCCUGAUGAUAGUUCAGUAGCAGUCAAUGGUAGUAGCAGCGGUGCUUGAGAUAUAAAUUAUGGUGUAGGGACAACUAAUUUGGGAGGACCUGAUGGUCAAAGUGAUCCAAAACUGAGAAGCUGACGAUGCUUUUAAUUUAGAUUAGAAGUUUGAAAUCAAUCUGAUCCCCAUGAGAGUGAAUCCUUUUUCUUUUUGUUGGAGACAAAGAACUCAUAAAAUAAAUUCCAAUCUCAUGGUUUAAA